ACAAACAACAACAACAGCCCCUCGUCCCUGCAGCGCCUCGACCACCACCAACCCUCACAUUAACACCACUCAGACAGUAACUCUGCUGAACAUCCAGGAAUCUGACCUUUCUCCCACCCGAGUCACAUCUGGACUCCUGGCCGUCCCGGAACGCUGGUGCUCGGCUGCAGCCCGGUUGCGGCUAACCGUCACCCAGGCUAACCGAGGCUAACCUUCAGGGAGACUUCUCCACGGGCCGAGGCGCGUUUCUGUCUUCCUGCGGAGGAGCCGGUGCUUGGAGCAGCAGCCUCCCCGUCAGGAGUGGUGGAGGAGGUAUGACUGCGUUGGCGGGGUCAAUAUCCAUGAUGAUGCGACCCACGCUGGCUCAGAACUACCCCCGCAGCGGCUUCCCACUGGAAGUGUCCACUCCACUGGGUCAAGGCCGAGUCAACCAGCUCGGAGGGGUGUUCAUCAAUGGAAGGCCUCUGCCCAACCACAUCCGACAUAAGAUCGUGGAGAUGGCCCACCACGGCAUCAGGCCGUGCGUCAUCUCCCGGCAGCUCCGGGUUUCCCACGGCUGCGUGUCCAAAAUCCUGUGUCGGUACCAGGAGACGGGCUCCAUCAGACCCGGGGCCAUAGGAGGCAGCAAGCCCAAGCAGGGAACAACACCGGACGUGGACAAGAGAAUCGAGGAUUACAAGCGGGAAAACCCGGGUAUGUUUAGCUGGGAGAUUCGGGAUAAAUUACUGAAGGAUGGGAUAUGUGACCGCAACAACGUGCCUUCAGUGAGCUCAAUCAGUCGCAUCAUGCGGAGUAAGUUUGGGGUUAAAGGCGAUGAGGAGGAGGAUGAGGAUGAGAUCGAGAGGAAGGAGUUGGAGGACCACGACCGCAGGGCCAAACACAGCAUCGAAGGCAUCCUGGGAGACAGAUCGAGUCACUCAGACGAGGGUUCGGACGUGGAGUCGGAGCCUGAUCUGCCACUGAAGAGGAAGCAGCGGCGCAGUCGGACCACCUUCACCGCAGAGCAGCUGGAGGAGCUGGAGAGGGCCUUCGAGAGGACACACUACCCCGACAUCUACACCAGGGAGGAGCUCGCCCAGAGGGCCAAGCUCACAGAGGCCAGAGUGCAGGUGUGGUUCAGCAACAGGCGGGCAAGAUGGAGGAAGCAGGCAGGAGCCAAUCAACUGAUGGCAUUUAAUCACCUGAUCCCAGGGGGUUUCCCUCCUUCAGCCAUGUCCAGUAUCCCUCCCUACCAGCUCUCUGACAGCCCCUAUCCCGCCUCAUCUAUAGCACAAGAGCCGCCCAGCACGGUGCAUCGGCCACAGCCUCUGCCUCCCUCCUCGGGCCACCAGGCCUCUGGACCCGGAGGACAGGGGGACGGAGGCUCUGCCUACUGCCUCGCCUCAGGACGCCACUCCUUCUCAGGCUACUCCGACAGCUAUGUGGGCCCCGGAGGUCCGGCCAAUCCCAUGAACCCCUCCUUAGGAAAUGGCCUUUCUCCACAGGUGAUGGGUCUGCUGAACCCAGGCGGCGUGCCACAUCAGCCCCAAAGUGACUACGCCAUCUCACCUCUGACCGGCGGCCUCGAGCCCCCUGCCGGCAUGUCUGCCAGCUGCAGCCAGCGCAUGGACCACAUCAAGGGCCUGGAGGGUCUAACCAGCGUUCCGUCCAUGUCCGCUCUGCCCUCCCUGCCCAGCUCCCAGUCCUACUGCCCCCCCUCCUACAGCUCACCGGGCUACACUGUCGACCACGUCGCGUCCUACCAGUAUGGCCAGUACGGACAAAGUAAGGUGCCCUUCCUUAUCUGAGGCCUGAGAUCACCUGAUCAGAAGCUUCGGACAUUUGUGUGUACAGCCAUGGAAGCCAUGAAUAAAUCUGGACCAAACUUUUUACUGCCAUUUACCAAGACUUUGUUCUCCACUGUUGGACUUUGCAUGAUUAAUUCCCGGUGGAGAAAUGGACAAAGACAAAAAAGCAAAGAAGGGACCACAAGAUGGAAUAUCAGACCAAAAACUGUUGAUGGAAUGUGAACUUUGCUGCAUCAUUAUAGUCGAUGAGCAGCAGAGAUGUCAGGGACCAUCGACAGCGACCAAACUCCAUCUGUGGACUGCAGGGGUCUUUGCAAGGACAGCAGACCUAAAUCUAUCGAAGGAACAUGUUUACAUAUCUUAGGGCCACAUCAGUUCGUAUGAAAUUCCACGUAUCUCCGACUUAAUCCCUGAAUUGUAUCUGCUGAAGGGCCAAUAGAAAAGGGCUUUGUUGAUUUUAUUGCAUUUAUUUGAGAUCUCUGCAUCCCACUCAUGGAGAUGAAUUCCAGAGAGAAAGAAAACAAAAAAACAAAUCUGUGGGUUUUAUUGUAUCUGAAACUCUAAUGUACACCACAUCUGUACUGCAGAGAUAGAGUUCAUUCAAACAUUCCUCCUAACCCCCUCCCUCCCCCGCUGUCUCCCUCUCUCCUCUCUGUCCUUCUUUCUCAUUGAUGUUUCGGACGGUGAGACGAGGAUUCCUUGGCCUUUUGUAGUUUUUAGAGAGGAGCUCGGAGAAGGUCAGGAGGUGACUUUAGGGAAAGUGACA